AAAGAUUCUGGAAAAUAAGGGGCUCAAAGGAUUCCAGACUUGAAUCUGCAGCAUGGUAUACACUUGAAUGGAAGCAUGCUAUGAAUUCAACAAUGCAUAUGUCAAAGGAGUUUGGUGUUGGCUAAACGGCCCAGCCACAGGUUUUUCUUGAAGGAAUCAAUUAGUUUAACUCAAUCACGUAAUGAUUUUGCAGAUUGGUAAAACGAAGAUAUUUCUAAGAGCUGGUCAGAUGGCUGAAUUAGAUGCAAGAAGAGCAGAGGUACUUAGUAAUGCAGCGAAAACCAUACAACGGCGAGUACGAACCCAUAGUGCUCGUAAACAGUUUAUAGCAUUGCGAAAGGCUAUGAUUUAUGUGCAAUCUCUUUGCAGAGGUAGACUGGCUUACAAGCUUUAUGAGAGAAUGAGAAGGGAGGCAGCUGCAGGGAAAAUUCAGAAGAACACACGUAGACAUCAAUCCAGAAAGGCCUAUAGCGAACUGCGGAUCUCGGUGCUUGUGCUGCAAACAGGUUUGCGUGCAAUGGAAGCUCGUAAACAAUUCAGAUUUUGGAAGCAAACUAAAGCUGUGACCAUAAUUCAGGCCUGGUGGCGCUGUCAUAGAGCUUCCUCAUAUUAUAAAAAGCUCAAGAAGGGAUCAAUAGUUACACAAUGCAGAUGGAGGGGAAGAAUUGGUCGGAGAGAAUUGCGAAAGCUCAAAAUGGCUGCAAGGGAAACAGGUGCACUCAAAGAGGCGAAGGAUAAGCUUGAAAAACAAUUGGAGGAGCUCACCUGGCGCUUACAAUUAGAAAAACGUUUAAGGACUGAUUUGGAAGAAACAAAAGCACAAGACAUAGCAAAGAUGCAGUACUUGUUGGAAGCUAUGCAAAAAAAAGUUGAUGAAAAAAAUGCAUUGCUUGUCAAGGAAAGAGAAGCUGCAAAGAAGGCUAUCGAAGAAGCACCUCCCGUAAUCAAGGAAACCCCAGUUUAUGUUGAAGAUACGCAAAAAGUCGAAUCUUUAACAGCAGAAGUUGAUAGGUUAAAGGUUUUAAUGCAGUCUGAAAAACAAAACUACAGUGAACUGGGGAGCAAAUAUGCUGAAUCCCAAGAAAUUAGUGAAGAAAGACGUAAAAAGUUGGAAGAAUCAGAAAAAAAGGUUCAUCAACUUCAGGAAUCUUUGAGCAGGCAAGAAGAAAAGCUCAACAAUUUAGAAUCAGAGAAUAAAGUUCUCCGUCAGCAGGCUGUGUCCAUGGCCCCUAACAAGUUCCUCUCAGGGCGCUCUAGAUCAAUAAUUCAAAGGGGCCCUGAGGGUGGUCAUAUGUAUGGAGAUAUGAAGACAACUAUGGAUCUGCACAGCCCUUCAUUGAACCAGAGGGAGCUUUCUGAAAUAGAAGACAAACCACAAAAAUCGCUCAAUGAGAAACAACAGGAGCAUCAGGAGUUGCUCAUCCGGUGUGUUGCACAACAUUUGGGCUUCGCUGGGAACAGACCAAUUGCAGCCUGCAUCAUUUACAAAUGCCUUCUGCAGUGGAGAUCUUUUGAAGUUGAGCGGACUAGUGUGUUUGACCGUAUCAUCCAAACCAUAGGUCAUGCUAUUGAGACCCAGGAUAACAAUGAUGUCUUGGCUUAUUGGUUGUCCAAUGCCUCAACUCUCCUAUUGCUGCUCCAGCGCACAUUGAAAGCAAGUGGUGCAGCAGGAAUGGCUCCUCAACGUCGUCGAUCAUCGUCAGCAACUCUGUUUGGGAGGAUGACACAGAGUUUCCGUGGAGCUCCUCAAGGUGUUAAUCUUUCCUUUGUAAAUGGUGGCCUGGCUGUUGGGGUAGACAAUUUACGCCAAGUCGAAGCCAAAUACCCUGCUUUGCUUUUCAAGCAGCAACUUACAGCAUAUGUAGAAAAGAUUUAUGGAAUGAUUCGAGAUAACCUGAAGAAAGAGAUUUCUCCCUUGCUUGGGUUGUGUAUUCAGGCACCAAGAACUUCCCGAGCAAGCUUGGUUAAGGGAUCAGCACGUUCAGUUGCUAACACUGCAGCCCAGCAAGUUUUGAUUGCUCACUGGCAAGGGAUUGUGAAAAGCCUUGGGAAUUUCUUGAACACUUUGAAAGCAAAUCAUGUACCCCCUUUUUUGGUCCGUAAAGUGUUCACACAAAUUUUUUCUUUCAUCAAUGUUCAACUAUUCAACAGCCUUCUACUAAGACGAGAAUGCUGUUCAUUUAGUAAUGGUGAAUACGUUAAAGCAGGAUUGGCUGAAUUGGAACAUUGGUGUUAUGAUGCAACUGAUGAGUAUGCAGGUUCAGCUUGGGAUGAGCUGAAGCAUAUUAGACAGGCCAUCGGGUUUUUGGUUAUACAUCAAAAGCCAAAGAAAACAUUGGAUGAAAUAAGCCAUGACCUGUGCCCAGUGCUUAGUAUACAACAGUUGUAUCGGAUCAGUACAAUGUACUGGGAUGACAAGUAUGGCACGCAUAGCGUGUCCUCGGAUGUUAUAUCCAGCAUGAGAGUGUUGAUGACUGAAGAUUCAAACAACGCUCAUACCCUUUUCAGUUGAUGACAUAUCAAAGUCGAUGGAGCAAAUAGACAUAUCUGACAUCGAACCACCACCUCUUAUCCGUGAGAAUUCAGGCUUUAGCUUUUUGUUGCCACGUUCUGACUAACCACGCAUCUGUAACAGUUUCUCUUUUAGUCCCUUUUCACUGUCAAAUCUAUAGGUUUACAAUAUGACCUUUUUUCUUGUAGAUGAUGUUAUGGGAUAAAAAUUGUUUCUCCUUUUGUACAACAGAUUGUAUUUAGUUGUGAAGUGUGUAAAAUGUAAAGGUUACAGGAUUUUUUUUAACCAAGUGUUGCUUAUC